GUAACAUAAUUUAAAAUACUCAAAAUUUUAAUGAAUUUUAAAUUAUUUGAAUUAAAUGCCUUCUUCUAAAUCCGAAUCCAAUAAAUGUCUAAAGAAUAUCAUCAUCGGUUUUGGACCAAAAGGCCCAAAUAAACAGCCCCUAUGUUAAAUACCCAUCCCGCUCAAACCCCCGAUUUGAAAUCCCAAACAGACUCAACUCUGAAAGUCGCCGGAGAUGGAGGGCGAAGGACGGUCGGAGAUCGAGUUCAGCAACGUCGAGACGGCGGCGGAGUCUCUGGACAGAUGUGUUAUAUAUCAUGUCGUUAUCGAUGUUCUCGGCUUCAUUCUCUUUAUGCAUCAACAAAUACCUUCCAUUUUGCAGGAUAUUAGUCUCGAAUUUGAUGCAUUGCAUUCGGAGUAUAAGGAUUUGGAUGCAAUUAUUGCUCAACCUGAUAUGAAGGCAUCUUUGCGAAGAGUGCAUGCUGGGAGAAAAAGGGAAGUGAGAAUGGGAAUAAGGAAAUUCGAAAAGUUGAUGAAAAAUGUGUCUAAUAUUCAAAGUGCUCUGCAGCUGGUGAUCACUGAGAUCCCUGAUAUUAAGGGAGUCAUUUUGGUUCUUGGAACUAGUUCUGUGCGGCCUCAACAUGUUUAUGAACUGUGUUUUUCACAUGGAAAGGUUGCAUCAGGAAGUGAUUGUGAUUUUUUGAAAAGCAAAGCAGCGGAAGGGCUCUCUAGAAAGGCUAUUAGGACUCUGGUCUCAAAGAGUGCUGGAUCAGAUUCUUAUGCAGGCCCUACCAAGUUGUUUCUGUUGGUCAAAGCUCCCGUUUCUUUCAGUCAGCCUAUGCAUUUUCUUCCCAAGCGAGAUUAUAAAUACAACAAGAAGAUACUGCCGCUAAGAUUGAGAUUUAAGUGCAGAAACCAAAAUAGGGAAUUGAAUGCUCCAUGUGGCGGUUCCCUGAAUGCAAUAUCUACUGACUCGGUAGAUACUAAUUCAGAUGAUUUAAUCUGGUUUCAGUGCCGACAUGUUAUCAAAGGCAUGGCUUGCAGGACAUCACCAACAGAAGACUGAUUAGUUGAUUUUACAGUCUCAAUCUCUAAUACGUUUGGAGAGUGUGACUAGCCAUGGAGUUUGUUUACAUAGUUACAUGUGAAUUUCUUCCAGAUAGGGGCAACUACUUAGAUUCUUUAUGUUUUCUUCUCGAAAAACAGAACUACUUGGUUAAUGAUGUCAGACUUUCAUAUAGUUUAAACCUGAAAUUAAGGCGUUCAUUUGUUCAGGCA